ACCGCUUCAAAAAGCCCUAAGAUAACCAAGUCUCGGGAGCUUGGCAGCCGCGUAGGAGGCGAACAUGUCGGAGCGGAAAGUUUUAAACAAAUACUACCCACCAGACUUUGACCCGUCAAAGAUCCCCAAACUCAAGCUGCCAAAGGACCGGCAGUACGUGGUGCGGCUCAUGGCUCCUUUCAACAUGAGGUGCAAGACGUGCGGAGAGUACAUCUACAAGGGGAAGAAGUUCAACGCACGCAAGGAGACCGUGCAGAACGAGGUCUACCUGGGGCUGCCCAUCUUCCGCUUCUACAUCAAGUGCACACGCUGCCUGGCUGAGAUCACCUUCAAGACAGACCCUGAAAACACAGACUAUACCAUGGAGCACGGGGCCACAAGGAACUUCCAGGCUGAGAAGCUCCUGGAGGAAGAGGAGAAACGCGUGCAGAAGGAGAGGGAGGAUGAGGAGCUGAACAACCCCAUGAAGGUGCUAGAGAACCGCACGAGGGACUCGAAGCUGGAGAUGGAGGUGCUGGAGAACCUGCAGGAGCUGAAGGACUUGAACCAGCGCCAGGCGCACGUGGACUUCGAGGCCAUGCUACGCCAGCACCGCCUGUCCCAGGAGGAGCGGCAGCAGCAGCAGCAGGAGGAGGACGAGCGGGAGACGGCGGCCCUGCUAGAGGAGGCUCGGCGAGGCCGGUUGCUGGAGGACUCAGACUCAGAGGACGAGGCUGUUCCCGCCGCGCCCCGGCCUGCGGUCAGGCCCAGCCCCACCGCCAUCCUACACGAGGUUCCAAAGACCAAGAGGAAGGCGGAUGGCAGGGCGCAGCUGGCGGGCCUGGUGGUGGUGAAGAAGAUAAAGACACAAGCCGAGGGCCCGGGCCAGGGGAAGGCCCCAGGUGCCCCACAGAGUGGGACGGAAGCCGGCCCUGUGCCCCAGACGCCCGGCGCCUCCUCCCUGAGCCAGCUGGGUGCCUACGGGGACAGUGAGGACAGCGAGGGCAGCAGCUGAGCGCCGCCCACCCGAGGGCCAUCUCAGGUCCAGCCUUGGCCACACUGGAAACCCCAGGAGCUGGCGGUCACCACUGGAGGUCCCCACACCAGCCAGCGCCACCAAAGGACACCUCAUCCACGGCCGGCAAGGCCCAGCUCCUGCACGCCAGCAGCGUGCUGUCCCCAGAAAUCCUGGCUGCACCCGGCCUCCGAGCCCUGCUGGGCUGUCCUGGAGAUGUGCACCCUGACUGCCCUCUGGAGUGCCCCCCUCCCUCUCCCCCAUGCCACCUGUGCAACCCGUAAAUGGACUCUGCCUGGCAGCAGCCACCUUCGCUGCUUAUGUGCAGAGGCUUUGCUGCAGGACCCUCUUGUUCCAGAGACUUCCUGUGUCCCCCACGUGUACCCCACCCAGGGUCUGGGCUUUGGGACCACAGCAUCCUUACGUUCAUUGAUACCAGAGUUCAGCCUU